GAGCUUCUCUUCUGGAUGGGAUAUGAAAGUCAUGUAAACGCGCCUGGUUCUCCUAUCAACACAUCGAUAGUCAAUGAUAGCAUACAGAACGGCUAUGGAACGCCGUCCUACAUGCUGCUGGUACGUGGCAUUCCUCGAGGACGCCUAGAGAAAUUCAUAGCCACCAACAACAAACACCUCCGAAGUCAUGAACAGCUUUAUCUAGCUCUGAUCAACAGCUCGAAAGAUCAUGUCGUCGCUGGACCGCCAAGGAGCCUCUAUGGCCUCAUUUCAGCACUUCGCCAGAUUUGCGCAGUAGAUGGGGCGGACCAAAGUCGAAUCCCUUAUAGCAAGCGAAAGCCUGUCAUCCUUUUCCAAUACCUACCUAUCAGCUCUCCUUUCCACUCACCGCACCUACAAUUAGCUGCAGACCGCGUCAAGGAUAGAAUGUCCAAGUCGUGGUCAAAGGCCGCAACAAUAAGCAGCCUACGCAUUCCCGUCUUUCACACAAAGGACGGCUUAGACACGCGAAGGAUCUACGCUUCUAAGACAGACAUCACGGGGCUGGUCAUCGAAGCCGUCACCACCAAUAUUGUAGAUUGGCCUAAAACGCUAGAGUUCGGCGGCGAGAAGCGUGCUUCGCAUAUCAUCACUUUGGGAUCUGGACGUUUCAGCGACAUGGUUCACAAACUAGUAGACGGGUACGGAGUCCGCGUUAUAGAUGGCACGAAGCUCGACACUGGCGAUUCUUCCAUCAUAGGAAGCAAGGCCGAACUAUUCACACAGAAUCUUUCAGACUUGGCCACACCUGCAGCCUCAUGGCGCGAGAGGUUCCAACCUCGACUUGAAUUAUACUCGGAUGGCUACUAUCAUCUCGAGACUCGGCUCACUAGUGUCUUGAAGGCCCCGCCUAUUAUCACUGCUGGUAUGACUCCGACGACAGUUCCCUGGGACUUCGUUGCAGCUGUUAUCAACGCUGGAUAUCACAUCGAACUUGCUGGUGGCGGGUACCAUAAUGCGGCGGUAUUUGAAGCUGCUAUAGACAAAGUCGUUUCGAACAUCCCGGCAGGGCGAGGUAUCACAUGUAAUCUGAUAUAUGUCGAUCCGAAGGCGAUUGGAUAUCAGAUUCCCCUGAUCCGCCAGCUCAUCCGCCGGGGGGUGCCUAUCGAAGGUCUCACAAUUGGUGCUGGCGUUCCUUCUCCUGAGAUAGCAGCAGAGUAUAUCGAAACUCUUGGCAUUAAGCACAUCUCCUUCAAGCCUGGGUCUAUACGUGCUAUACGAGAGGUCAUCGAGAUUGCAAAGCGGCAUCCCACAUUUCCCAUUAUUCUCCAAUGGACAGGCGGUCGCGGAGGUGGGCACCACUCAUGUGAGGACUUUCAUGAACCACUUGUAGAGAUGUACAGCGAGAUCCGACGCCACGAGAACAUCUACCUCGUGGUAGGCAGCGGGCUCGGAAACGGCGCUGGGAUUCUGCCCUAUUUGACCGGAUCUUGGUCUCUUCAAUUCGGCAAGCCGUCAAUGCCAUGCGAUGGAAUCUUGCUAGGUAGUCGAAUGAUGGUGGCCACAGAUGCGCAUACCUCUCCAGGCGUAAAGAAACUCUUGUUGAAGGCUCCCGGCGUUGGAAGCGCAAAAUGGGAGAACAGUUACCUCCAACCGGAAGCCUCAGGGGGCGUGCUGACUGUUACGUCUGAGAUGGGCCAGCCUAUUCACAAGUUGGCUACGCGCGGCGUCCGCCUCUGGAAAGACUUAGAUGACACUAUUUUCAACCUCCCUAAACCUGAGAGGAAACCGGCCCUCUUGAAGCGAAAAGCCGAGAUCAUUCAACGUCUCAAUGCAGACUUUGCGAAGCCCUGGUUUGGUCAAAACGCCGCUGGGCACCCGGUUGAUGUAGAAGACAUGACCUACGCAGAAAUAAUCUCGCGGUUAACUCAGCUGAUGUAUGUUGGCUAUCAGCGCCGAUGGGUCAACCCAUCUUACCGCGACAUGGUGAGUGAGUUUUCUAUGCGAGCGCUUGAAAGACUCGGCUCUAGAGCCCUAGAGACGUCUUGGCUCGACGAACCAGAGAGCUUAGCCCAACGGCUCACCAAGGUUUGUCCUGACCUAGCAGUUCACCUUAUCCACCCCGAGGACGCUCGUUACUUCAUCCAGUCUUGCAAGAAGCGAGGCCGCAAGCCCGUCAACUUCGUCGUGGCUUUAGACGAUGACUUCGAGCAUUGGUUCAAGAAAGAUUCGCUUUGGCAGUCCGAAGACUUGGACGCAGUCAUCGGCCAAGACCCGGAACGAGUCUGCAUCUUACAGAGCCCGGUCUCCGUGAAAUACUCUACCAGAGAUGACCAGUCAGCCAAAGACAUCCUGGAUGAGAUUCACGGCGACUUGGUAGCUAUGAUGCGCGGCAUGGCAGAAUACAGAACCCGUCCGAAACUGCGUCUAGCGACAGCGCUUACAUCGCGUCCUGCUUCGCAAAACAUUCUCAUCGACCAGAUGGAAGACCACACCCUCUAUAAGCCCACCCCAGGCCACGAGCUUCCCAGUCUAGAAACGUGGAUUGAAUGUCUUCGAUCCCAUGUUAGCGCAUCUGUCCUUGCCCUUAUGCGCGAAGAGACGAUGUUCGAGUCAGCAUCGAAGCGCAGCCGGCCAAAUCCAUUCCGUCAAAUAUUCGCUCCGCGACACGGCUAUUCACUAUCUCUUGGCCGUGCCUCAAAGGAACUCCGCCUUCGCGAUGAAUCUACCGGGAGGAGCGUCGUUUCCAUCAGACCCAUUUCAUCAAAGAAUUUGCGGGUAGAGGUCAUUCACAGAGACGCGUCAGUUCCCUCGGGAAGCGCCUCGCUCGUACUAGAAUGGGAAUAUGACGAGCGCACACGGCAACUAAUUGACACUACUGAGAGCCGCGACCGACGCGUUCAAGACUUCUAUGCCCAUCUAUGGCUCGGAAAGAGUGGCGCGGGUAGCGAGGGCCGGUUGACUGAUACAUUCUUUGGUGGCAAGUUUGAGCUUACGCGGGAAUUGCAGAGCUCGCUGCACUCCGUAGUGUCACACGCAUUCAUAGGCGCAGCGCCUACCAGCCCGACAGACGUCCUCCCAUUGGAGUCCGCGGUGAUCGCGUCGUGGGAAGCUCUCAUGAGACCAUUAUUGAUUCAUGAUCUGCAAGGCGACCUUAUGCGCCUCGUCCAUCAAUCAAUCAAUGUCGAGUACGUCUCCAACGAGUCACCUCUGUCGGUGGGCGACUUGGUCACAUCACAGGCUUCUGUCCGAUCCAUCGCGAUCGAAGCCUCUGGGAAGUCCAUCGCCGUGGAGGCCAAGCUCUUGCGAGAGCGCACCCACAUCGCGACCGUCGCGUCCAAGUUCUUCAUUAAAGGCAAAUUCUCGCAUGACCAGACCACUUUCCAGACGAAAGACGAGCCGCUUAUCGAGCUAAAGGUACAGUCCGAUAUCGACGAAAUAGUCUUACGAGAUCGCAGUUGGUUGAAGCUUGAUGACCCAUCUGUCCCGCUAAUUGGCAAGACCUUGGCAUUCCAACUACACACUAGGAGCCAGCGGGCAAACCAGAAUUCCGCCACCAACCUAGCUGUGCGAGGCACCGUCGAAGAGAAAUUAUGGAAUGGCAAUUGCAGGAAGUUGGGCGCUGUAGAAUUCGACGCGCCAAAGAGCCAUGGAAACCCAGUGCUGGAGUUCCUCUCGCGGAAGGGACAAUUUAUUGAUGGUAGAGUACCGCUGAAGAAUCCAGGGUGGACAGGAGACUCGGAAGUUUCUGUCAUAGCCCCGUCGCACACCCACCUCUACGCGAAGCUGUCAGGUGACUGCAACCCGAUCCACGGGUCUUCUGUCUUCGCCGAAAUGGCUGAAUUGCCUGGCCCGAUCCUGCAUGGCAUGUACACCAUGGCUGUUUCGAGACGAGUGGUAGAGAAUGUAGUGACCCCAGGGCAGCCUGAGCGUCUGCGCCGAUUCGAUGCCUCUUUCGUCAACAUCGUCAGGCCAGGGGAUAGACUGCUGGUGAAGAUUGCUCAUGUCGCGAUGAAGAACGGUAACAUGAUCUUCGAUGUCGUUGCUCAGCUGGAGGAAUCAGGCGAAGAAGUGCUUCGUGGCGAGGCAGAGACUGUCCAGCAUUCGACUGCGUACAUCUUCACGGGACAGGGUAGCCAGUCUGUUGGAAUGGGCAUGGCUCUAUAUGAGAGUUGCCCUGUCGCCAAGUCCAUCUAUGAUGAGAUGGAUCGUCAUUUAAGGAAUCUCUAUGGGUUCUCGAUUCUCAAUAUCAUCAGGGAAAACCCCAAGGAAAUCACCUUACACUUCAGAGGCCGCGAAGGACAGAAGAUUUUAUCGAAUUAUCUAGAUCUGAAGACCGAGCUACCUACCGAGGAUGGGCUUCGCAUUUCUGCCCCUAUCAUACCAGGUCUCACUCGCAACUCGACAUCAUAUUCCUUCUCCGAGGCUCGAGGGCUUCUUUACGCGACGCAUUUUGCCCAACCCGCAAUUAUCCUCGUCGAAAAGGCCAUGUUUGAACAUAUGCGAUCGAAGGGACUCGUACAGGAGGGUGCCAUGUUCGCCGGACACUCCUUGGGAGAGUACGGUGCACUCUCCUCAAUGGCACCAUUCGUUGAUUUCAAGGAUAUGCUCAGCACUGCUUUCUACCGUGGCUUGAUGAUGCAGUUCGCCAUUCCACGGGAUGAGAAUGGCCAGACAGGCUACAGCAUGAUGGCUGCAAACCCUGGCAGGGUCGGGAAACAUUUCGAUGACAACGCACUGAAGACUUUGGUGCGGUACAUUGCUCAAGAGAGCGGUAAGCUCCUAGAAAUCGUGAACCUCAAUGUCGAAGGUGACCAAUAUGUCUGCGCCGGGCACGUACAUAACCUCAGCUGUCUCACAGCAGUCCUGAACGCCAUUGCAGAGCGAAAAGUACAACCAAAAGCAAUUGAGGAGUUCCUAACGGCUCCUUCGCCUCAAGCCACAAUGUUCGGCGCGACUAUCGCACAGCACAUUGCGCAGUCAAAGUCCCUGCCCCUCGACGUCGAAAUCCCCAGGGGCAGAGCGACAAUCCUUCUGAAGGGCAUUGACGUGCCUUUCCACUCUGCCCGCAUGCGAUUCUGGAUCCCCACCUUCAGGAACUUCUUCCUCGAGCACGUCAAGAAGGAGGAUAUCCGCUUGGAACAGCUAGCUGGAAAUUUUGUGCCUAAUGUGCUUGGGAAGGUAUUCUCUCUUGAUAAGGGCUUUAUCUCAGAGGCGAGCGUGAUUACGGGAAGUACUAUCUUAGAAGGUCUCGUGCAUUGAUUCUAGAUAUGAGCUAUUAGCAUUGAUUUGAGCGAUUGUAUUUUUGGUUGGGACCGGCGUUAUGUGGUUGAGUCAUCACGGGAGAGCGAUUAUUUUCACAUAACGAAUCAAUUGACAAAUGAGAUAUGAAUAGUUUAUACAG